CGCCGCCAGCUCGCCUCACUUAUGGGUCGGAAGCGCUGCGUGGGGGAGACUGUUACAAGAUGGCGGCGGGUUGCUGCGGGGUGAAGAAGCAGAAACUGUCCAGUUCGCCCCCCUCUGGCUCGGGUGGCGGUGGUGGCGCCUCCUCCUCCUCCCACUGCAGCGGAGAGAGCCAGUGCCGAGCUGGGGAGCUGGGACUAGGAGGCGCCGGUACGCGGCUCAACGGGCUGGGAGGUCUAGCCGGAGGAGGUAGCGGCAGCGGCUGUACCCUCUCUCCCCCCCAGGGCUGCGGUGGCGGCGGCGGGGGGAUUUCCCUGUCGCCACCUCCGAGCUGCGGAGUGGGGACCCUACUUUCUACCCCGGCCGCCGCCACCUCUUCCUCGCCCUCCUCUUCGUCCGCCGCCUCGUCCUCAUCGCCCGGCUCCCGGAAGAUGGUGGUGUCAGCGGAGAUGUGCUGCUUUUGCUUCGAUGUGCUCUACUGUCACCUGUACGGAUACCAGCAGCCCCGGACCCCCCGGUUCACCAACGAGCCCUACCCACUGUUUGUAACAUGGAAGAUUGGUCGAGACAAAAGAUUGCGUGGAUGCAUAGGUACUUUUUCUGCCAUGAAUUUGCAUUCAGGACUCAGGGAGUACACACUUACCAGUGCCCUUAAAGAUAGCCGUUUUCCCCCAAUGACAAGGGAUGAGCUGCCACGGCUGUUCUGCUCAGUGUCUCUGCUCACUAACUUUGAAGAUGUCUGUGAUUAUUUGGACUGGGAGGUGGGUGUACAUGGCAUUAGAAUAGAAUUCAUCAAUGAAAAAGGAUCAAAGCGCACCGCCACCUACCUACCGGAGGUUGCAAAGGAGCAAGGAUGGGACCAUAUUCAGACCAUAGACUCCUUACUGAGGAAAGGAGGAUACAAAGCUCCGAUUACUAAUGAAUUCAGGAAAACCAUAAAACUGACCAGGUACCGUAGUGAAAAGAUGACGUUGAGCUAUGCUGAAUACCUUGCUCAUCGCCAGCAUCAUCAUUUCCAAAAUGGCAUUGGGCAUCCCCUUCCGCCAUACAACCAUUAUUCCUGACACUGAGCCGCACAGCCAGUCACUGGGCCUCUCUGCUGCAGACCUCUUCCCAGGAGACCCUACCCCUUCUUGGUCUAGCUAUCUCUUUUACUGUACCAUUUUAUGAUGAUAGUUUCCGUUGCCAUGGUGAAGCUUCGACAUCGUCAAUUAAGAUCAUCAUGGUAACGGGUAGGAAAAUGGCAUUUGUUAAGAAGAUCCUGUUUUAUUAUUUUAGAUCAUUGAUUUUUUUUUUUUUGCAGCAUAUAGAACUUUUGAGGUUUUCUUUCCUUACAAUAUGCUAUAGGAUUUUGCUUUGCUAUCUCAAUCAGGUAUCUGUCUUUCUGUCCUUCUUGCCUUCCUUCUUUCUAUCUUCUCUUCCUUCCUUCCUUCUUUCGACUGUGGAUGGAAGAAAUUGUGCAGUUUUUAAGGAUUUUGUUUAGGUUUUUCUUUAGUUUUCCUCAGUAAGAUAGAUAAUUUUUGAUAGGUGAGUUUGGGAGUAAUUCAUAUCAAAUUCAGGUAUUUGUAUAUUACUCUUGAAUUUGUCUAAAAUUCAUUUUGCUAUGAAAGCUUAGUAUGUGACUCUUCACUCCUUAAGUAUAUGUUUUUCCCAUGGUUAAAAUAUAUGAACUUUAGUUCUAGUGUAGAACAUUCGAAAGUCCGUACUAGGGCUUGUCACAGAGAAUGAGAAAUCAUUGAUGCCUAUUAUGCUGAUUAUCACAAGAGAGACUGCCUCAUCACUUUAUAGAACCCACUUACAAACUAAAACACUGUUUUAAGAAAGUACAAGCUACCUUUCAAAUGUUACAGAAGUCAUUUUUGAAGAGCAGCAAAUAUCAGGAAGAGAGCAUAUACAGAAUUUAGUGCCUUUGAGAAGAAUAUAAUUAAGUGGAAUUAAGGGUUAGAAAAAAGGCAAUUUAAAGAAAUAUUCUUGUAAAAUUUUAUUGUUUCUAUAUGCGAAACAACAGAUUAGACAAAUUCUUUACUCUUAAGUAUUUUUAUAAGCUGAGAAAAUUUAUUUUGAGCAAAUAACCAAAAAAAGACAUUUGUCUAUUAUAUAUUAAUUUAAAUUUGUUAGCUUUAGGUCUCAAUAAGUCAUGAUUGGCCAGAGACAAUUUUAGCUACCAUUUAAAGAAAUGGUAGAGAUAAUCUAGUGAAACAAAAGUUCAUAUAUACUAUGAUUUCAGCUGUUUGUCAUGGGGACAAUACUGGAGUUUUAGAAAUACUAUAAAAUAGCUUGAAUCUCUUUCUGCACUACAUACUUUUGAUAGAAACACAUUUACUAUGUUGAAAAGAUGUGAUGUUGCACCUGUAGAAAUGGAGUUGGCAUUUAGAUAUGAUACAGUGAGAGCCCAGCUUACUUGCAGGGGUAGUCUUCUCAUGAUGCAUACAAAGAGAACUUCCUCAUGUCAAUAGGAGGUCCAUAUGUAUACCCCCAGGAAAAAUGACAGAUGAUUCUGGAGAAAGAUCAUCUUCAUUUUUAUGGUAGUAAAUAUAUAUAUAUAUAUGUGUUAUAUAUAUAUAUAUAUAUAUAUAUAUAUAUAUAAUUUUUUCAAACAGGAAACCAAUAUAUCAAGUGAUGAAUUAUAAGAAUGGUGCAGAAUAUAUAGUCUAAAACUAUGAGAAGUCACUGAAUAUCAAAAUGGCAUAGCUUAUACAUAUAGUUGCUGUGACAAGUAACAGACUGCUAGUUCAGAAUUCAAAAACCCUUUUCUAGUUUGUGAGCUAAUUGACUGAAUUCCUUCUGCUUGCCAUUGUGGCAGAGCAAACUGCUUUAGUUUUUGAUGAGAGUUCUUAGAAGUUUGUUGGUGUUCCUUCAUCCACAGCAUCCGUUGUUGAAAUAACCAUUUUCAGUUGUGAUGCCUUAACUAAGAAGCCAAUUGUUAGCCUGAAAUGCAAUCUCGGUAGCCAGUUUCAUUGAACCUAGAGAUGUGGCAGAGAAAGCUAGCUAUUGGGCUUUACAAAGGGAUUUUGAGUCCUUUCAUUUCUACUUGGGAGCAUUUUGGAGCAGAUUAGUCUUUCAGUAUAAAAACAAGUGGCUACCUUACGGAAACUUUUUCUUGCCCUUAUAGGGAAACUGAGCACAAGCUGAAUGAUAUUGUCUGCUGCAAAAAAAAAAAAAAGUAAGUAAGUAAAACAAGCAAACUGAAGAGAGACAAAGUAGACCAAUAUCGAUCUAUCUUAUCCAUCAUCUCAUCAGUUCAACAGGCUCCUCAUCCUGGGUGAGCUCAUGCUUAGAAGUUUUUUUAAAGAAAAGAUCUAUUACAUACACAUAUGUGUGUGUGUGUAUACAUAUACCCACACAUACAGACAUACAUACAUAUGUGUGUGUUUAUGUAUUUAACGGUGCUAAUCAAUCUUGAGCAGGUCACGUGACUGGUCAUGCGGACUCUAAAAUCAUAUCAGAUUUUUUAAAAUUCUUGAUAUAUGCAGAUGUUAUACAGAUUUUCUUACCAGUGUAAUAAUGUUAUACUGAAGAAAUAACCAUCCUGCAGGCUUCAGAGGACGAGGUCAGCAAUAUUUCCCACCAUGGCUUGGGGGAAAAGGAUAGUUUUGUCUCCUUUUGUAUUCAAAUUAAUGCACAGUGCAUUUUUGUCUUUAAGUAGCUGUUGACUAAAAGACUUUGUAGUGUAAAGGGUGUUAUACAAACUGUAAUGGUGUGCUUCAAACAAAUGCUAGACCCUUUCACCUUUGUCGUAUAUUACAAAGUUGUUAAAUAUGUGGUUUGAAUUAACUUUGAAUAUGUUGAAAUAUGUAGCAUGUGUUUUUAACUCAGACGAAGAUUCUAAUUGCACAGGUUGUGUUCUAGCCAGUUGUGGUUUAUUUGUUCAGACACAAAUGUGAAUUGCACUCUUAUCACCAGAAUAUUGUAUGAGUUCAGUGAUCUUUAAACAGCUCAGAAGUAAUACUUGAACUUCAUUUGAGUAGCACAAAGUUUACAUAGCCCCCCCUUAAAUGUUAAUUAGUCCCAUUUAUGUUUUCUGUUUUCAAAUGCACCUGGGUAUUUUUCCUCUUGGAAAAUAGUAUGUAUUUUACUUUGGUAUGUAGCAAAAGGCUUCCAUUUCUGGAAGGGUUUUCUUGUUCUUAAACAAGAUCAGCCAGGUACCAGAUUUUAAAAGAACAAUUGCUCCCCCCACCCCCAUUAAGUGGCCUUCUGACUGCACGAGAAUGUGCUACUGCCCGCUCCAGUCCCCCUACCCUGAGAGGUCGGUGUCAUUGAUGGAGGAAGUGCCAGGCUUGCUCUUUUCCCCCACCCCACUUAAAGCAGUUAUCAGAUUUUCAGUCCAGUGCAUACAGUCCCAAUGCCCAGCACACCACAAGUUUGUAUACUGGCCUCUUUUCAUGUCUUCAAAUGUGCAGGAAAUUUGAAACUGUCAUCUGGAAUAGGUUCCAUCUCUUAUGUGUGUUAGAUCAAACCAAAGAAGCCCCCAGCCAUGCCCAAAUGCUGCUCCAAAAGCCUGCCUUCCAGUCCUUACAAAAACCUUGCAGGAUUAAAUGUGUUAACUUUUUUAUUUUUGUACAGUUUCUAAGUGAUUUUUGCUAGUGAUGUUAAACUGAAUUAAGUUUAUUUGAGGGGGGUGAGCACCUCCUCCAUUUAAAUAAACUGGUGACUUUCCUUUUAUUUUUAAAAAGUGGAAACCCGUUGUGUGCCUCUCAAUUUAAGGGUUUCUGAUUACAUUAUUCUUAAGACCAGCAUUGAUCCUUUCUAUACAAAGAUAUGUUUUCCUUGUUUUUUUAUUACUGUUUCAGAAGAAAAGAAACCUUUUAUUUUGCUCUGGACCCAGUAACUGCGCUGGUACAUAGACGCACUGAGAAGAUAAACUUUUGUAGCCACCUCUGACUGUUUUUGUAUAUCAAAGUUGAUUACUUUUGAAAUAUUUGGAUCUAGUUUCUAAGUUAUUUUAGUGUUUUAUAUGUUCCCCGAAAUUAUUUUGAAUUGGUCACCAGCAUAAUGAGUUCUUGGUGAUGCAAUGGUGAGACUUGUAAUGAGCAAAAGCUACCUGGAGUAGCUCUUGUUUUCCUUCUUUCUUAGUAACCUGUUUUUUGCUUACAGUAAGACAUCACAGAUUUCCUGAAACCCCUUCAAGUAUAACUAGAUCCUCCUUCCUUCCACAUUUAAUUGCUUAAUAGUUUCAAGAAACUAUUGGAAAUGGGCAUUUUAUAUGACAUGUAUGGCUUUAAAAUAUUAAAAUGAGCAAAAAGAAAAAUGAGAAGGUUUAUGUGGGUCUGUAAGGUAUGGCUGUGGAAAGAUAUUGUAGUAGUUUUGACACUAUUGUUAUUACCUUUAAAAUCAUUUACCCAAUAAAAUGUUAAAACUGA